CUUUUCUUUCUUCUUCUUCUUAAUUCCCCAUUCAUCAGCAACUCCUUUAAUUUUUCUGGGCUCUGAUUCUUAACAUGGCAUCAGGUUUCCUUCUCUGCAAAUUGACACGAUCAUUGACUGUCAGGCCUUCGACACCACUCCUAUGCAACCCCAUGAUGAAGAGGUAUACCCAUGCGGAAAAUCAAGGGCAUCGUGGAGUAGAAGAAAAAGCACCUUCACUAGCCGAUGAAUUCAGAAGGGUUGCAGAGGAGAAGGCGAAGGCUGAGGAAAAAACCGAGCAAGUUGCAGAUCAAGGUAUUGCGAGUCAGACUUCUGAUAAGACCUCCGACGGCGCUGAAGAGGCUGCUACCGUUGGACGUGGAGGUGGAGACACUGAAGCUGUGAAGGGAAGGUAUAAAGGGCAUGAGCCAGGUGCUGACUAUCGUAGAAGGAGAUGAUUAGUUAAAUGGUAUGCAAUAAUCUUUGGGUUUUGUUCUAUAAAACAGUUUGUGUGUAUAUAUAUAUAUAUAUAUAUAUAUAUAUAUAUUACUGAAUAAAAUUUAUGAAGCUAAACUAAAUGCUCUUACAGAAUCUGGAGGUGCCUUAUUUGAGGCUAAAUAUUGGUUCUUUAUUGAAUUACUAAAACAUGAAUGGUUACAUAUA